CCGCCUCCUGGCAGCGGCCCGGCCCAUUUCGACCCCGUUCGGCUCGGCUUGGCGCGGGUCGGUUCUGCUCGGUCCCGUCCUUCCCGGUUCGGCUCGGGGCGGCCAUGGGCUGGCCCGUGCUACUGACCGCGGCCGCGCUGCUGGCCCCCGCCGCCGCCUGGGAGCCCUCGGCCGAAGAGGAGCAGCUGUUCAAGGCCUGGAUGCUGCAGAACAACCGGCGGUACGGCCCCGACGAGUACCCGCGCAGGCUGCGCAUCUUCCUGGGCAACAAACGGCACAUCGAGGAGCACAAUGCUGGCAACCACAGCUUCCAGAUGGGUCUGAACCAGUUCUCGGAUCUGACCUUCGCAGAAUUUAAAAAGCUGUACCUGUGGAGUGAGCCCCAGAACUGCUCAGCCACCAAGGGGAACUUCCUGCGCAGCUCUGGGCCAUAUCCUGACUCUAUCGACUGGAGGAAGAAGGGAAAUUUCGUGACACCCGUGAAAAACCAGGGUGCCUGUGGGAGCUGCUGGACCUUUUCCACCACAGGCUGUUUGGAGUCUGCUAUUGCCAUUGCCACAGGAAAGCUGCUCUCUCUGGCGGAGCAGCAGUUGGUUGAUUGUGCCCAGGCCUUCAACAACCACGGCUGCAGUGGGGGCCUGCCAAGCCAAGCCUUUGAGUACAUCCUGUACAACAAAGGGCUCAUGGGGGAAGACAGUUACCCGUACCGAGCCAAGAACGGCACCUGCAAGUUCCAGCCCGAGAAGGCCAUUGCCUUUGUCAAGGAUGUUAUCAAUAUCACUCAGUAUGACGAGGACGGCAUGGUGGAAGCUGUGGGGAAGCACAACCCAGUGAGCUUUGCCUUUGAGGUGACGAGUAACUUCAUGCACUACCGGAAAGGAGUGUAUUCCAACCCACGCUGUGAGCACACCCCUGACAAGGUGAACCACGCCGUCCUGGCCGUGGGCUAUGGAGAGGAGAAUGGGACUCCUUACUGGAUCGUCAAGAACUCCUGGGGCCGGCUGUGGGGCAUGGAGGGGUAUUUCCUUAUUGAACGAGGCAAGAACAUGUGUGGUCUCGCUGCUUGUGCCUCCUACCCUGUUCCUCAGGUGUAGGAGGGCAGUGCAGGCUGGGGACAGGGGACAGGGCUGGAGUGAUUGAUCGUCUUCCAAUUUCCGAGUGCUGAAAUGAUGAAAGGGAGAACAAGGUGCAACGCCUGCCUGCUGAAAGGUGUUACCUGCAGGCAGGUUCCUUGGCUUGCACACACCUCCUGCAGCAGCAAGAGCUGUGCCUCCUCUCUUCAGCCAAACCCACGCGUGCUCCUGUGCUGGUGCCAGGUUCCCUCCUCCUGCUCCCAGCCUGUGUUCCCAGGUGUGCCUCCAUCCACCUGUCCCGACCCGGGACACCUGGAGGGGCAGCAGGGGCCACUUGGGUGCUGAGAAACCACACAAGUACAGAUUUAGGGCACACAGAGCUCCCCCCGUCCUUCGGGUGGCUUUUUUGCAAUCACCAGGUGUAAAUUUUAGCGAUUUUUAAAUUUUCUUUGAAGGCAAUUUCCCUGUUCUCUGAAGGAAGGAUGAGUGAAUGCUGUAGUUUGUACGCUUUAUCUAUUUUCAUGAAAUGUCUGCUAUUUUUUUGUAUUAAAAAUAGGGUAUUUUAAUGCACAUAGAGAAGAAACGGGUGACUUUUCUUUAACCCAUCAGUGAAGACGCGAGAACCUCGGUGCCGAUUCUGAACAGGCGCUGGGGAAAUGAAACCGCGUGUGAGCAGGGACACGUCUGUGUUACUUCACGCUGAAAUCUGCCACCGACAAUAAAGCUGCCUCGUCACCGGA